AUUCCAUUUUCUCACCAAAAAUCAAAACCCUAGAAAAAUCCCACCAAAAAAAUCCGAAAAUUAAAAAAUAAAACCCUAACCUUUUUCAACCUACAAUGCCAAGAGUCAAACAAACCGCGCACCGUGCUCCCUCUUCUCAACCUGAAAUUGAGGAGGAGGAUGAUUUUAUGGCUGAGAGUGAGGAAGAAAUUCAGCCCGCGGAGGCUUCGGGAUCAAGGAGUAAGCGGAGGAGACGGACUCCGGGUCAAAUUGCAGCGGAUAAGAGGAGAGUGUGGGAGGAUAGUUUUGUGGGCAGAAAGUUCAAAAAUGAGAGGCAAGUGGAUGCUACGGCAUUGUCCGAUGAUCACAUGGGGCUUCGGUACGUCAUGAGGAAAGGUAAAUCGCCAAAAAGGGAGCUUUCGUUGCACUAGACAAGGUUUUGCCCGAGCAGAAGUUGACUUGCCAAGGCGGAACCUGUCAUCGCCCGAGCCGAAGCAGAUUUGCCCGAGCAGAAGCCCGAUGGCCCGAGCAGAACCCAUCAUUGCCC